UGGAAAACUCGAUGUAAAAUGACAACUGAAAAUGUGUAUAUUGAUUGUGAAGAUGUAGUUAAACAAUGUAUGGCCAAAUUAAAAUGCAUGAAAAAAUGUAAAAUGAAAUCUAAACGCAUGACAAUUCCAUGGGACCUUUUUAAUGGACUUUAGACAAAUAGUGUUCGAGUUUAAUUAAUUCUAAAAGAAAAUGUAAAUAUUUGUAUUAUUACAUGAAAUGUAUCAAUUAAUGUAAUAUUACUGUACGUGUAUGAUGUAAAUGAUAUUUGUAAUGUGAUAUAAAUUUGUACAAUAAAGUUUAUUUAAAAACCCUAAGGCCGCGCCCAAGAAGGGCUCCAAGAAAACCGUCACCAAGACCGCCGCCAAAGGAGGCAAGAAGCGCAGAAAGGCCAGGAAGGAGAGCUACGCUAUCUACGUGUACAAGGUCAUGAAACAGGUCCACCCUGAUACCGGGAUCUCCUCCAAGGCUAUGGGCAUCAUGAACUCCUUCGUCAACGACAUUUUCGAGCGUAUCGCUGGUGAGUCCUCUCGUCUGGCUCACUACAACAAGCGCUCCACCAUUACCUCCAGGGAGAUCCAGACCGCCGUGCGCCUGCUGCUUCCCGGUGAGCUGGCCAAGCACGCCGUGUCCGAGGGUACCAAGGCCGUCACCAAGUACACCAGCUCCAAGUAAAGCGCCUUAGUCGCUCUGGCAAACCAACGGUUCUUUUAAGAGCCAC